CACAUCCAACAUCGUUGUCUAUGUUGUACUCCCUCUCUCUCUCUGCUAUUUUCCCUAGUGGUCCUUCUUCUCUUUAUAUAUCUCUUAUCAUUGUCUGGGGCUAAGCUCUUCAUAUACCUUAUUUCUAGGAUAGCUAGUACCACUUCUUCUGUUACCAGAUAGGCAGAUACUCUUUUUCCUCUUCUUCUUCUUCUCCUUCUCCUUGUUCUUUCAUCUACUUCUCCUUCCUUUUCCGCUUUUCCAGUGCUUCUGUUACUAGCUAGCCUCUUUUAGGUUAAUAUUCUCGUUCUUAAACCUUAUAUAUGAUAUAUAAAGCUCCAUAGGCAGGCUGAUCAUACAUACGAACAUAUAUAUAUGUUCUGAGAACGAUAUAUAAAACUAGAGCUACUUGUCUAGCUAGCUAGCUAGGUGAAGGGGAUCAUGUCUAGCAGAAGGUCGAGGCAGUCAGGUACUCCAGCGAUCAAAGAUGACCAAAUCAUCGAACUGGUGUCCAAAUUACGUCAACUGGUUCCUGAGAUUCGAGAUAGGCGCUCCAACAAGGCACCAGCAUCUAAGGUCCUACAAGAGACUUGCAGCUACAUCAGAAACUUACACAGAGAGGUUGACGACCUAAGCGAGCGACUCUCCCAACUGCUCUCUACAAUUGAUGCUGAUAGUCCGGAGGCCGCUAUAAUUAGGAGCUUGAUUAUGCAGUAGAUGGAUCAUCAAAUCACGAGCAACCCUAAUUAUAUAUAUUGGCGUUUUAAUUAUAUAGUUAAUUGUCCUUUUAUUUGUUUCCAGGUUAUAGUACUUCGUAUUGUAUGUAUUUAGAGAUGUCGUGUGUGGUUAAUUAGAGUGUUUAAUAAAUUGAAGGAUUUGCACUGCUACUAGCAAGUCCUAUUAUAAAGAAACCCUAUUUACUUUCUCCAA